CACGAACGUUGACGAGAUUCUCUCUCGCGUUUUUUAUUUUGCGAGUCAAAAAGUUGUCUUCUCUCUCACCCAAAUCUCAUAAUCGCGGUAAACGCGUACUUUUCUCGUGUUCUCUCUCUCUCACCCUCUCUGUUCGGAAGAUCAUCAAUGGCGGCUCUUCUCAUGUCGGGCGUUUUUAGGUUAUAAAGCAAAAACCCUAGAAGAUGAGUCCCACGGCGAUGUCGGAAGAUCCAGGGCAGAUUAAACGAGCCCUUAUCGACGCUUCGGCCGGUGCGAUUUCUGGCGCUAUUUCUCGCACUGUAACUUCUCCGCUCGAUGUCAUUAAGAUCAGAUUUCAGGUUCAACUAGAACCGACAACAUCAUGGGCUUUGGUUCGGGGAAAUUUGUCUGUAGCAUCUAAGUACACUGGUGUGCUACAGGCAUCAAGAGACAUAUUCAGAGAGGAAGGCUUGCGGGGUUUCUGGCGUGGCAAUGUACCGGCUUUGCUCAUGGUUGUGCCUUAUACUUCAAUUCAGUUUACAGUACUACAUAAAUUGAAAUCAAUUGCAGCUGGUUCUUCUAAAACAGAGGAUCAUAUUCAUUUGAGCCCUUACCUGUCCUUCAUCAGUGGGGCUUUAGCAGGAUGUGCAGCUACACUUGGAUCAUACCCAUUUGAUCUUUUGAGGACAAUAUUGGCUUCACAAGGGGAACCUAAGAUAUACCCUACCAUGAGGUCUGCAUUCGUCGAUAUAGCUCAAAUGCGGGGAAUAAAGGGAUUGUACACUGGAUUAUCACCGACACUUGUCGAGAUUGUGCCCUAUGCCGGACUUCAGUUUGGCAGCUAUGAUAUGUUUAAGCGUUGGAUGAUGGAGUGGAACCGAAUAGUUUUAUCCCCCAAUCGCUCGGCCAAUGCAGAUAUCAACCUUUCUAGCUUUCAGCUUUUCCUUUGUGGAUUGGGGGCCGGGACUAGCGCAAAACUUGUGUGUCAUCCUCUUGAUGUUGUCAAGAAAAGGUUUCAGAUUGAAGGGUUACAGAGACACCCGAGAUACGGAGCACGGGUAGAGAAGCGUGCGUACAGGAACAUGUUUGACGGGCUUCGACAGAUUCUGCUGUCGGAAGGCUGGAACGGUCUCUACAAAGGCAUUGUCCCUUCCACUGUUAAAGCUGCUCCUGCUGGUGCCGUUACCUUUGUCGCCUAUGAAUUCACUUCAGACUGGUUGGAAUCACUCUCUUCUCAUUGAAAAUCUGCUUAUUUUAUACCUUUUUUUGUGGGGGGUUUUUUUCCCCCGUUUUAGGGUUUGGUUUUAGCCUUAUUAACAUCAUCAUCAUCAUCACCAUUGAUUAUUUGGUCUUCACACAGAUAAAGAUGUAGAGCAGUAGUGUCAGACUGUUUCUUUGAAAGUUUACAAAAUGGUUGAGGAUUAUGUAAAUUUGGUGCUGUGUUUAAAAUGAUUUCCUUCUGCCUCUGUUCCA